GGCGAUGCGCAAGCAGCUCGCAAACACGCAGGCCACGCGCACGAACGAACGUACGCACGCCACCGGGAGAGCGAACGCAACAUUUUGGAUAUUAGCGCGCAGGGAAUCGCCGUUUUUUCACUCGCGGGCGGCAAAAGAAUUGGACGGGCCGUCCUCAUGCCCGUAGAGGCAGGCUGGCCGUGCAGGGAGUAGAAGAAGAAAGGAAGAAGAAGAAGAGGAAGUGAAAAAAAGGGGGACAGGGUGGAGGACAAGAGUGUGCUGACGUUUGGCUGGUGGGCGUGCAGGGAGCAACAUCUCAGGGAUAUGUCCACUGGCAGUACAAGAGGUCAUGGGGGUCUUAACCAACUAGGCGGAAUGUUUGUUAAUGGCCGUCCACUUCCGGAGGUGAUCCGGCAGCGCAUCGUGGACAUGGCCCACCAGGGGGUCCGGCCGUGCGACAUCUCCCGCCAGCUUCGAGUGAGCCACGGCUGCGUCAGCAAGAUCCUGGGACGGUAUUACGAGACGGGAAGCAUCAAGCCCGGCGUGAUCGGCGGCUCCAAGCCCAAAGUGGCCACGCCGAAGGUGGUGGACAAGAUCGCAGAGUACAAGCGGCAGAACCCCACCAUGUUCGCCUGGGAGAUCAGGGACAGACUGCUCGCCGAGGCAGUGUGCGACGGCGACACCGUGCCCAGCGUCAGCUCCAUUAACAGGAUCAUUCGAACCAAAGUCCAGCAGCCAUUUAAUCUCCCCCUGGAUGGGAAAGGCCUAAGCCCUGGACAAACCCUGAUUCCGAGUUCGGCUGUCACCCCACCUGAGUCUCCGCACUCGGACUCUUUGGGCUCCACCUACUCCAUUAGCGGCCUCUUGGGAAUCCCCCAAGCUAGCAGCGAAGGCAAGAGGAGCCACGAUGACAGCGACCAGGAUAGCUGUCGGCACAGCGUGGACUCUCAGGGCAGCGGCGGCGGUGGCAUUCCCAGGAAAAGCAUGCGGGUGGACCACUUCUCGCAGCACGUGGACUGCGGCUUUGAGCGUCCCCACUACCCUCCGGACUCCUUCUCCGCCUCCGGUAGCAAGACGGAGCAGACUUUGUACCCGCUGUCGCUCAUCAGCGGCAGCCUGGAUGAGACCAAGGGCAGCCUGUCGUCAUCCAGCGCCGCCAUCGGACGCAACCUGACGGCGCAUCAGGGCUACGCCAUGGUGCCCGAGCCCCUCCAGUCCCUGCCGCUCUGCCUGAAGCAGGAAAUGUCCCCGGAGGUCACCAGCACGAGCCCCGCCUCGCCAAACAUGGCGCCGUCCAACAUGGCAUUUGUGGAGCUGCAGAAACCCGUCUCUUUGAAUAGCUGCGGCGGCGGCAGUGGCGGAGCUAGCAACCAUUUCCCCAAUUCCUUCAACUCAUUCUCCCAUCAUGCACCUGUGUAUGGCCAGUUUGGCAACCAGUCAAUCAUCUCAGGGCGGGACAUGGUGAGCUCCACCCUGCCAGGUUACCCGCCUCCCAUCCCGUCGCCGGCUCAGUCGGGCUACUCCUCAUCGGCUAUCGCCGGCGUGGUCGCGGGUGCCGACUACCCCGCUCAGUCCUACAGCCACUCGCCCUACGCCUCCUACAGCGAAGCCUGGAGGUUCACCAACUCCAGCAUACUGGGUUCACCUUACUAUUACAGCACAGCCUCCCGCAGCGCCCCUCCCUCGGCAGCUGCCUACGACCACCUCUAGUCCCCUACCGGACGGACCUUCACGAGCCAGAUUUGAACCUGGAUGGACUUUCUGACAACUCUGCAGAUGAACCAGCAACCUAUUUUUUUUUGGGGGGGGGGGGGGGGGGGGGG